UUUGUUGAGGAAAGAAAAUGAAGACAAACAUUUCCUGUGGACACAUUAACAUGGACUUUACUCACACGUUCUUACCUACAGUGUAUAUGUCCGUGUUUAUUGUCGGCCUUGUUGGUAACUGCUGGGGACUAAAAUCCUUGUUUGCGAACUGGAAGAAAUUCGGAAAUAUCAACAUUUUUGUUCUGAACCUUGGAGUUGCAGAUAUUCUGUAUUUGCUCACUCUUCCAUUUCUGUUUGCGUACUACUCAGCAGGCAGUCACUGGGCCUUUGGACAGGUCUUCUGCAAGAUGACAAGAUUCUGCUUCAAUUUGAACUUGUAUGGCAGUAUUGGUUUCCUCACAUGUAUUAGUGUAUACAGGUACCUGAGCAUCGUCCACCCACUGAGAGUGAUGGGCAGGAUAACAAGGGGCCACUCUGUAGUCAUCACAGCUGUAGUUUGGGGUUUAGUCUGCAUUGAGAUUAUUCCUGAUCUGUUCUUUGACAAAACAUUACUCAACUCUUCUUUGGGGAAAGUCACAUGCGUUGACACCACCUUCAACUUCUCUAUCAAGGAAUACCUGGACUACAGUAUUGCGUGGACAGUAUCUGGAUUUUUCAUCCCUCUGCUCAUCAUAUUGGGUUGCUAUGGACACGUGGCUGUGGUCCUCUUUAACAACCCCAACAUUGACCAAGUGAUGAAGCAGAGAUGCCUAAAAUUGGUGAUCAUUGUGACUUUACUCUUCUCAGUUUGCUACAUACCGUAUCACAUAUUCAGAAAUCUAAACCUGAAGACUAGGAUUUUGAAAAGCAAAGGCACGUGUGAGGAUUGGUUUGCUGGCAUCUACAUUGCUCACCAAGUCAGCCGAUCACUCGUGUGUCUAAACAGUGCCAUCAACCCAUUGGUUUACAUCCACAACAAUGAAAACCUGCUCGUACAUAUCACCAGGCUUUGGGAACGAGCUCGUCGGUCUGUGCCUCUGCUAUUCAACCAUCGCAUCCAGACACAAACCCCACCGUUAUGAACUCACAUUGAAAUAGCAGUGUAGCUUUGUUUGCUUUCUUGAGAGUCGUUCUGCUUUUCUUUCAGCAAUUUCUAAUGUGUUUAUUACUGUGCAUAUUAUUGUUUGAAUAGGGAAGUUCAAAGUACAGUUCCCAGAUUUCUAUAGGUCUCUUGUGUGUUUGCUGUGUUUACUGAGCUGUAUUAUAAAUAUGCUGAUAUGGAAAGUACAUUGUAUUUCUUGCAUGGUCAUCUGCAUGAAUGUACAUUCCUGGUUAUUCAUUGUAUCUAAGAGAUGUAAAUAUAUUGUAAAUAUACAGUAUAUUCAACAGAUAAAUGUUGUAAAUGUAUAAUAUUGCCAGACAGAUGCAACUAAGCACACAGUAGGCUGUAAUUGUUUUAUGAUGUCUUGUAUUAAGGAUACGAUAAGAGCCAUGUGGAAAACACAAAGUGCUGUGAAUGCAUUUGCAGAAGAACAGGAAACGUUGUUUUCACAAAAGGUGUAAAUCUGCUUUCAAGAUGUAGAGUUAUCACCACGUGAGGAUUUCCUGUGUGGUGAUCUGAUGCAUACCUGAACAUAAGGUUUUAAAAAGUGGCUUGUGAAGUAUUGACGUGAAAAUGAUAAGUUACCGAGAAGACUUUCGCUGUUUAUUCCGCAUCAUUUCAACGUAUUCUCAUUUGAUUAAAAAUAAAAAAACGGUCACCAUUUA